CUGAAGUGAGAGUGACACUCGCAUAGUGGCACUUUUGUCAAUGAUACGUUAAAAUAAUGAAUUGUGCAGCUCCAAUCCUUACAAAAUAUGAGUGUCAACAAUGACGGAUAGAUGGGUAUUGUUUCGUUUGUCCACCCCAGCCCCAGAUUAGAUAGACUGUCACUAUAGCCGCAGUCAAUUCGGCGUUCGUGUUACUAGCUACAACAACAACUGUAAUAGACUGGAUAGUAGAUACCUACCUUGGGUAUUGCAUGCGCGUAGUGGAUACUUUAGUUAGUUUUGUUUUGCGUCUUUUAGUGCUUAGAUAUCUAAUUUUUAUUCGAAACCGAAGUGAAUGUAACGGCCGGUCGGGUAUACCUCUAUAUAUAUGUAAAUAAAUGGUGAUCUUGGAUAUUACAAAAUAAAUGAAAAUCCGAUUAAGAAAUCUGUAUUUCUAUGUUCUAAUUUGCGCAUUUAGGCUUGAAAAACAGUGAAAAUGAAAAAUUUUAAUUCGAAACCACAAUUUUGAGUAUAUUCUUGUUGUUUGCAUGUCUAAAUAUUUAUAUUUGGAACCUGUUAAAUGCCGGUCGGAAUAGGUAAAUCAUGCGUGGAAAGUAAACCCCUAUAUCUACAUAGUUAAAAAAAUACAUACAUACCUAUGUACGAGUAUAUAAUUGAUUUAAUGGAAAUAAAUAUGUGCGGAUAAUUAAACUUAAAUAAAAAAAAAGACAGAAUCAAAGUUAGCAAAUGCGAUUGACCAAUCAAAACCAAUUAAUGCCGUUUAUAAGAGUCGAGACAAGCAGCAGCGGUGGAAGCAGCAAGAAUGAACAAUAAAUACGCAGCAACAGCAUCAAAUAAAAAUGGAAAUACGGAGGUGAUAUUGGGUCAAAUGGAGCCAUAUUAUACAAUUGAACAGAACGAGGAGCCAAUCAGCCUCGAGCUGAUUCCAUGUCCGACUUGCAGUCGCACAUUUAUACAACAAACUCUCGAAAAACAUGUCAAAAUUUGUGAGAAAAUGACGAUAAGAAAGCGAAAAAUCUUCGAUUCUUCACGUCAACGAAGAGAGGGUACCGAACUGGCGGCAUAUCCUUUGCCAAAAAACUACGGUCUACCAGCAGUUAAAAACGAAAGGGGAAUAUCGCCCAAACCAAUUCAGGCGGCUCCACCAAUUCUCUCCCCUAAGAAGCCACCCGAAGAACCCAGCAAAACUUCUACAAACCUUAAAUGUGUCACUCCAAUAACCUCAAAAAAGCCUUUAAGUCCUUCGAAAGCCACAAAUAACUUACUGGUAACUUCGAGUAAUUUGAGUGCUGCUCCAAAAGAGCGUUCUAGACCUGCUAUGAUUACAAAAAGAAUACAGCCACCACCUGCUGAGCAGUGUCCUUAUUGUGAACGUUGUUUUGGUAUUAAAGCGUACGACCGACACGUUGAGUGGUGCAAAGAAAAGGCAUUACUAGCAUCAAUUAAAAACAAUAGUUCCAACUCCCAGGUAGCAGCGAAGGAGCGACUGGAAGCAAGGAUCAAAUACAAGGCACCUUGUCUUAAAACAAAACGAGCUGUGAACAGAGAUAAAUACUCAUAUCAAAAUGAUGAACAUUUUGACAUGCAGAGUUCCAUGAAUGAAAAUCACCAAACAGCACUUAUGACUUCUUCAAUGACGUCGUCGUGUAUGAGUGAUAUCCUAAUUGCUCCGAAGAAUCUUAAUCCACAUACGAUAAAAAAGAAGAUGCCUUUAAAAGAUUCAAAAAAUUUAACAAAAUUUCCUAAAGAAGAUAGAGUCAAAGCUGUAAAAAUCAUUUCUACAGAUAGUUAUCUAAGAAAUGAUGUUAAAUUGCAGCAGUUAUCAAAGAAGGAUUUCCAACGUGAUCUUUCGAUAGACCCAACUAUGUUACAUGUUUAUAAGCAAGCAUCAAAUAAAGAUCUAAAAUCACCGAUGACAAAAAUAAAAGGCAAAGACAAUGGAAGCUCAAUUAUUGCUCAAAGAGAAAAUCUAUCAAAAUCCAAAAUGUCUAGCUCAAAUGGACGAGAUAUAAUAAAGGAGUCUGUUGAAGUCGUAUCUUUCGAUUCUUCAAGCAAUCGUUCGGUAUACCAAGUUCCGGGACGUUUGCCUAAAAAUCAAUCAUUCAUUGUCAGCGCCGUAUCUGAUGAUUACGAUCCGUUUAUUUCGGCUAAACGACAACUAGAAGAGCUUUGUUCUCCAUCAUCGCCAGGAGAAGGAAGGCUUUCUCCAUCUUGUUCAGUAGCUUCAUGCAAAACACCUCCUACGCUACAAUUUUCGCGCUCAUCAAGUAAAAUGACGACAUCUUUUACUUCUCGUGGGUCACUCACAAACCCGCGGAGCCUUGCAACAACUCCAAAAUCUAAUUUUCACAGGACAUCGUCUCUUCGCGCACCACGACGAUCACCUCUUCCAAUGUCUUCUAGACCUAUUUUUUUUCCGUCAUCUCAAAAACAGCGACCAACAAUUCAACGCGGCCUUUCGGAUGAAGGACCUAUUUCAUCCAAUUUCCUUAAACCUGAGGAAUAUGACGAAAUGCCAGUCCGCGCCGUUUGUGUUAAUGACUUCGCCAUAUCCAACACGCCUAGAGUUAUUCGUCGUGAUUCUAGCGCUGCUUGCAACCGUAAAACUCUUCGACUUAAUUUACUUGAUGGGACGCAGAGUAGAAAAAAUGGUUCACCUACAUUAUCAAAUAAUAAUCUUUUGAAAACAGACUCCCUAGCAGUAUUUUUAAAAUAUGAAAACGAAGCUAAGGGUGUUAUAAAUUCCGUAGCCAAUACUAAGGAACUUAAAGACAAAAACAAUGCUCUAAGCAAACAGAACUCUGCAAAAAAUAUAAACUCAACGGACGAUUUAGCAUUAGUUAACCUUCAUUCUGACAUUUCGCAACAGACCGAUAAUUUGAGCAAAAGCAAAGGAAAUCUUAGUACCUUAAAGUUAGAGCCCCUUGUUAGACCCCAAACUCUCAACACAAAAAAAACGUCUCGGUCUGUUUUAAGCUCUACCUUUGAUAAAGUUGCUGAUAGUGAUUAUAUUGAUCCAAAGCUAAUCAAUAUUUGCGACAAUCUCCCAAUGGAACUCGGCAAUGAUUUGGAAUCUAACUCGUCUUCGCCGCCAUCGUUUUCUAGUGUUGAUCGUAAUAAUUGUGAUCCUAAGAAACUAGAUCUCUAUGAGAACACUGAUCAGUUUUCACGUUCUUCUAACUCUAGUCUAAAUCAACUUAAAACCAAAAAAGAUCUGCUACCGCAAAUGGCACCGAUCAUUAAAAGUUGUACGAAUAGUAAUCGUAGUUCAAGUGGGGAUAAUCGUAAUCAGUUAAAGCGUAAAAUUCGUUUAGGUCGAAAUCAAUUCCUUUACGAUGCUUCACCAGAAGCUCUUGACAACGAUGCAGAUGAUGAGGCCAAUAAUCGAUCUUCUUGCGACCACGACACAAAAAAACCUCUAGAACAAAAAUCUGUAUAUACUUCAUUAACACACGCCACCGUAGACACAGCAUCAAACAUCCCACCAUUCUCACCGUCAACAUUUAAUGAAUUUGAUUUUGAAGAAUUUCUUUCGACUUUCGACAACGAUCGCGAACAAUUUCCAUCAUUGUUCAAAGAUUGUCGUGAAUUUUUAAUGAAUCGCUCGACACUUAAUAAACGUACUAACGUCGAUAAUAUAAUGUCAUCUUCCAGAUCGACCAAAGAAACAACAGAAAAUUCUUCACAAAAAUAUCAACAAGAAGUGGAACUUAAUCUCGACAGUGAUGAGAAUAAGAACCGGGGUGAGAUUUUUAUAAGUAUUGAAACUGAUCAAAAUGAAAAUGAUCCACAUCCGAAAAAUGAUCCCAUAGUUGCUGCUAAUCCGAGUGCUCAGAUCGAAGAGGUAAAAAUUGAUGAUAACAAAUUUCAAAAAAUCGAAGACGGCGAAACUGAAGGUGAUGCUCCUAAUCGUGUUGUUGACGAAGAGAGUGAUAGCCAACUGAGAAUGAGACGCAUAAGUUUGCUAAACGAUUUUCCAAAUGUUAAACUGAACAAUGCAAAAAAUCUGAUUCAGCAGAUGCACGAGGACUUCCAAGGCUUACAUGCGUCUGCAGCAGCUGAUGGUGAAGAAGAUUUUAAUUGUGGUAAUUUACAUCAGAUUACUGGAAGAUCACUCCAUCCUGCUGAUUCGGAUGAAAUCAGUAGUAUUGAGUAUUAUCCAGUGCAUAGAGGUGGUAAGGGACAGUCUGGGGGACGGAAUUGUGGUGUAAUUAAAUCCAAGCAAAGCGCUGAUUCAGCUUAUGGAAGCCUUUCACGCCAAAGUCCUACUAGAGAAAUAAAUUCAAAUUAUCACAGCAAUGCUUCAUACCGUGCUACUCCAAUUUCAGCACCUCAAGAUUUACCAAAAACAGGGCAGUCUACGUUCCAAUAUCCAACAAUUAAACCUCAUAAAUAUAAAAAUAAUCCUGAUGUUCAAAAUUAUCGAUGUCGGAACUUUAGUGCUGAUAGUUCAAGUAGUGGUUCCGAAAAUUCCUUAUCCCCUGUUAAUGGGAGCAAACAUGUAAGCAGUGUAAAAGAGCAGCAGUCACAAGUGCAAGAAUUCAAUCUCGGUUUUCAGCGCAAUCCUUUAUCUACGUCGACCCUUGAAAAGAAGCACAAAAGCACUAAAAGUACAGGUUCCAUCAGCAACAGCAGCAGUACCAACAAUUUACCUACUCCUAACGUUAAAACCUCAAAAUUUUGUCAUGAAUGUGGAAGUAAAUUUUUACUGGACCAAGCAAAGUUCUGCAUGGAUUGUGGGGUCAGAAGAAUAGUUAUGAAAUGAUUAUAUUUUUACCAAAAUUUAAUAGAAUUGUACGCUAACUGAUUUUUGUAUGUAGAACAUGCAAAUUUUGUGUAGAACAUAAAAACAUAGAACUGAUAAAACCUAUUUUUUUUAAGCAGCAAAAUAAUGUUGUACUAAUUAUGCACCAUAUUCAGCCCAGUCAAUAAAAUAAUAAACAUUGGGCAGGUUCAGACAACAUAAGGGACUUCAUUUGCAGUCAACUUUAUUCUUUGAACGUAAAUUUUGACCAAUGCAACUAGUUAGUUUUUAAAAUGUUAUGAGUUUUAAAUUCAGAACUUUACUUCACAAAACCUCUACUUUAAGUUCAUAGUACAAAAACUAACAAAAGCAUUAUUGUCUAAACAAAAUUCAAUACGCAAGCUGCAUGUCCAUUGCGAUUUGAUUUUGUAUUGAAAAGUAUAAUUAUUCAUUUGUUUUACAAAUUGACAAGGAACCUUUUCACCUGAAACAUUAAGUGAAACUGUGCAGGAACUAAAUAAAUUGUAGCGUAACAAAGUUCAGCUUUUAGUUGAAUGAAAAAACAUUAUUAACAAUCAUUUUGACAGAAGUAGACUUGACAUGAUAGUAAGGGAAGUUUUCUUUACUACUUUUCCAGGGAACUUUCCAAUGAAGUUGCUUUAAAUGGAAGGCAAAUUUUUGGCAGCUGGCCAAUCAGAUACUAGAAACUUGCCUUACUUUCAAGUCCCUUCUGUCGCCCGAACCUGCCCACUGAUUUUAAAACUAGAUUUAUGUGGAUCAUAUUUUAGAAUAAUUUUUUUAAACAGAAUGUUUCAAAGGAUUGUACAUAUCAGAAAUCCUUGUUAAAAGAAAAAAAUAUAACUGGUAUUAAAAAUGGUCUAAUUUAAUACUUUAUUAGUACAAACAUUUCAGAUUAAAAACCAAAUAUUAACUGUAACUGGGCUAAGCUUUUAAUAACCUAUGUAAGUUAUAACAACAUUUGUUUUAACAAGACUGAGCUUAGUUUUUACUAAUACAACAUAAUUAAAACCCUUAAAUGGAAUAAGAAGUUUUAAUUUUAUUAUAAUUUAUCUUUAUUUAUCCUCCAAAUAUUGUUUUUUUUUAUACCAUACAGACGCCACGCUAGAAUCAGAAUUCAUUAUGCUGUGAGCAAAAAGGAAAAAGAACAGAAGUGCUAUUUUUGGAUGCAAUUCAAUAUUUCAAUUUUGUAACAAUAUAAUACAUAAUAUAGGAUAACACUUCACAAAUAAUAAAGAAUAUACCUACUAGAUUUUAACUUCAAAUCAUAAUAUAUUUGUAUAUUUUUACAUAUAUAAUUGUAAGCAUUUCACCAAAAAGUUAAAACAUGCAUGCAUAUUUUUGUAUAAGUGCAAUAAUUUAAAAAAUAAAACGUAUAGGCACAAAAUAGUUUUUUUGCACAAUAUAAGAAACAAAUUGUUAUUUUUAUUCCUUAAAGAACGUCAUAAAAUUGCUUCGUACACACCUUGCUAAUAAAGAAAGUAGGUAUGCCUCUUCCCAA